AAAACAUGGACAGAUGGCUUAGGGCAUACUCUGAAAAUGUGCUGCUGCUACACUGCAAAGGCUGCAAAGACAGAGUGGGUGUGGUAAUAUCCUCUUACAUCCAGCUAGCUAACGUUUCCACCAGUGAGGAACAUGCAUUAGAUCUCUACUCCAUGAAGAAGUUCUGCCGUGAUAAAAUGGUUAAUCUUAUGACUCCAUCUCAGAAAAGGCGAGGCUCAAUCGUUUAUGCAUUAACUUUCUUUUUCCCCUUCUUCCUGAUGCUUUUCACCUUGAAGCAUACUGAGGUUACGCUCUGGACAGCAGUUCAGGGUCACACAUGAGAGGAAAUCCCCCUAUGCAAUCUGGAUGUCCUGACAUUAUUCCACUUCCUUUUUCUUUUUUUACAUCAUACUGAAAGACAUGGCCUGUCAGCCCUCAUGCAUGUGCAAACUGAGCAAGAGUUUUGACUUUUUCCCCUGCUGUUUAGUGCAUUAUCAUUUUCCUCCCCUUAUGUUCUCCCAUCUCUAUUGACUCUAGAAACACUUUUCAGAAGAUGAGUUAUUGUAAAGUUUCAAAAAUGGCAACAUAAAUAUUCUGCACUGAUCUGUUGUUGGAACAACACAAAGAAGCUGUCUUUGGCAACACUAUAAAGAAGCUAUUUAUUCUCUUUGAUAGAGAGGCACACCCAGAAUAGCACUAAAUCAAUGGAAGAAUGUCAAGAUUUUUUUUUUCUCUCCA